GAGGAGGAAGAGGAAGGAGAGGAAGUGCCCCCUAAGGAGCCUGAGGAGAACCAAAAGAGGCUGGUGCCAGGGCAGGAGUGGUAGCCGUGGGGAAGGCUGCGGAGAGGCCCAGUUGGCCUAGUAAUGGCGUCACCCCUGACCUGGCCAGAGGGUGUGGUAGGCCGGAGGCAGACACAGCGGAUGAGGGGCAGAAGGGAGGCGGGUGGAGGGGUGCAGUGAAUGGAGAGGGAGCACCGAAGCUGAGCUUGGGCAGCCAGAGGGCAGGGGCCAGCUGGGGCCCGGCCCAGCGGUCAUGGGGCCUGGGUGGAGGGUGUACAAAGCGGGGCCUGCACCGAGCCCUGAAGACAGGGAAGUGACCUCGUUUCGAAUCCAGAUUUUUGCCACUGCCUCUCUUCGUGACCUCGAACGAGUCACUCAUCUUGUCUGAGCCUCAGUUUCCUCACCUGUGAAGCAGGGAUCAAAGCAGUCAGUACUUACCAGAAUUUUCAAGAAGCUGCCCUUGGAGGCACACAGUAACCACGCCAGCCACCAGUCCUGGACCCUACCUGCUUUAGUCCAAGCGCCGCCCCAGACCCCCGAAUUCACCUGGCCGCACACACUAGCCACGCCCCUAACUGGCCCCGCCUUCACCUGGCUCCGCCCCGACCGAGAAGCCCCGCCCCUGCCUCUCCUACUGGCCACGCCCCCACCUGGCCACGCUCCGGUUGCCCAGGUUUCGCUCCGCACACGCUCAGCAGAGCCCAGUCUGGGAGGGACGCGCCCGGCCGCAGUCCACUGCCCCUGGCCCCCGCCCACGAGCCCAUGGAGGCGCCUGGACCCCGUGCCUUGCGGACUGCUCUCUGUGGCGGCUGUUGCUGCCUCCUGUUGUGUGCCCAGCUGGCUGUGGCUGGUAAAGGAGCUCGAGGCUUUGGGCGGGGAGCCCUGAUCCGCCUGAAUAUCUGGCCAGCGGUCCAAGGGGCCUGCAAACAGCUGGAGGUCUGUGAGCACUGCGUGGAGGGAGACAGAGCGCGCAAUCUCUCCGGCUGCUUGUGGGAGCAGUGUCGGCCAGAGGAGCCAGGACACUGUGUGGCCCAAGCUGAGGUGGUCAAGGAAGGCUGCUCCAUCUACAACCGCUCAGAGGCAUGUCCAGCUGCUCACCACCACCCCACCUAUGAACCGAAGACAGUCACAACAGGGAGCCCCCCAGUCCCUGAGGCCCACAGCCCUGGAUUUGACGGGGCCAGCUUUAUCGGAGGUGUCGUGCUGGUGUUGAGCCUACAGGCGGUGGCUUUCUUUGUGCUGCGCUUCCUCAAGGCCAAGGACAGCACCUACCAGACGCUAAUCUGACCCCCUUGGGCCUGGACUCCAUCCUGAGGGGAAAGGAGGAUGCAGAGGCUGGCUUCUGGGCACCCUUGUGGCUGAGAGCAUCCCUCAACCGCCUCAUCUCCUCCAUUGCCCCUGCUGGGCUCCCCAGCCUGACACUGGGUUGUGUGCCUGCCUCUUCCCACCAACUGGCCUGGCGCUGCCCCCAAAUAAAGGAACUCUGCACUGCGCUUCA